AUGCUCUCUUUCUACUUCUCUAAAAAUCUACGCCCAAUCCAUGGUUUUGUUAGUGGCUCAUGGAACAUUCAUCUCCUCAUUGCUCCGAAUACACCACCCAUCAAAAAAUUCUUCUCAUCAAAGAGUUUUGUGUUAGAAGAUUCAAACAAUCGUUCCAUUGAUUGUGCCCCAAAAAUUGAUACUUUAUCAUCUAAGAAAGUACAAAACACAGAGCUAGUCAAAACCCUCUUGAGGAAUUAUGGAUUCACCAAUACCCAAAUCUCCAAACUUGUUGAUGUGGACCCAAAUAUCCUUUUCUGCAAUCCCCAGAAAACCAUCUUGCCUAAACUUGAGUUCUUUCGGUCUAUAGGCUUGUCAAGCAAUGACAUUCCAAGAGUUAUCUGUGCUAGCUACUGCCAAGCUUUAUUGUCCCGAAGCUUAGAAAACCAGUUAAUCCCUUGUUAUAAUUUCCUCAAGAGUGUGCUUUUUCUCGAUCAAAAUGUCAUUAAAAUGUUGAAGCAUAGUCCUAGGGUUCUUCUAUUCAAUGUGGAAAAGAUACUUGCCCCUAAUAUAGCAACAUUGAGAGAAGCUGGGGUGCCUCAAUCCGUAAUCUCGUUCACGAUGUAUCGUUCUCCGAGCACACUGUUUCAUGAGAGUCACAAGUUCAAAGGAGGUGUGAAUAAGGCAAUUGAAAUGGGAUUCAACCCUCAGAGAUCGAUAUUCGCUCACGCAGUCCAAGUGCUUUGUGAUAUGCGUGAGUCAACUUUCGAACGUAAAAAGGAGGUUUAUGGGAGAUGGGGUUUGUCUAAUGAUGAGAUUCUGUUGGCAUUCAGAUCACAUCCGAUGUGUAUGAAUUUAUCGGAGGAGAAAAUUAUGGAAACAAUGGAUUUUCUUGUGAACAGGAUGGGUUGGCAAGCCGCGGUUGUUGCUAGAUGUCCAGUAGUCCUCUUCUUCAAUCUGGAGAGGAGGAUCAUCCCACGGUGCACAGUUGUUAAAAUUCUGCUGACAAAAGAGUUGGUGAAGAAAGAUCUGCGCUUGACUACUUUUCUAAUACCCAGAGAGGAAGUGUUCCUGGACAGGUUUGUGAACAAAUAUCAGGAUGAUGUUCCUGGUCUGAAGAAUAUUUAUUUAAGGAAAAUGGGUCUUGUCGAACCAAGAUUAGGAUCUAAGAUAUGA